AUGGAAGAACAUCGGGAAGGCGUCGUCAAGGACGCCAUUGGCAUCUUGCAUCGAUUGCCAGACAUCAACAGAAAGGUGUGCGAAUACAUGAUCAAGUUCCUGAGGGUAUUUGCGGACCCAGUGCAUCACUCGGUGACAAAGAUGAAUGUGCACAACCUGGCCAUGGUAUUUGCACCCAAUUUCUUGAGGUGUCCAAGCGACAACCCCACGACUAUCUUUGAGAACACCAAAUAUGAACAAGCCUUCUUGAGGAUGCUCAUCACUGCCAAAGGCGACAUCUAGCCUCCAUGAUGCACACGCACUCCCUUCCGAUCAUGGCAGCAAAGGCGGUCGCCGCUCGGUGGAGUCUGCGCCUGUCCCUCUUUGGUCAAACAAAUAUCCUCAAGUCCCGCAACCCAACCAAUCCAUC